UCCAUGGCAACAUAAACACUGAGUCGCUGCACUGAACGACACCGUGUUUUUUUCAGCAGAAACCUGAGCUAAAACUGUAGUUUCGGAAUUUUUCCACAUCAUCGUGCAGGAUAUCGAUUUAUUGUAAGUGCCAUUUUGACGUUUUCUUAGUAUUUGAGGUUGUCGUUAACCCAGCUGGCUGUUUCUGUGCAAAACUUUAACCAUGGCUUUUGGGAGAAAAUUAGAAGAACUGAACAUGACGACAGAAGAAAUAAAUCGUUUCAGUAAAGCCAUGAAGGACAAGAAGUUUUCUGAAUUGCUCCACGAGUACGCCCAAGAAAUAUCAAACCCUGAGAACAAGAAGAAGUACGAGGAGGAAAUUACACAGCUGGAGCAAGAGAGGGGCAUGGAGGUCAAAUUUAUCCAUCCUAAUGCCCACCAUGUGCUGAAGACCAGUGUGAAUGGGAAAGAGAAGUGUUUCAUUAAUAUCUGCUCAAAUAACCUAAUCAGCAAGCCGACAUGUGAAGCCAGAAGGAAUGAAACGGGCCGGGCCGGGCAGUACUGGUCACUGCCAUACAGUUUAACACCUGGCAGGCCUCAUACAGAUGGCAAGGGCAAUAAGUGCAUGAUAUAUGACGUCGUAUUUCAUCCAGACACACUUUACAUGGCAAGUAAGAACGCAAGAUUCAUGAAACUUGUCAAUGACACUGCAACACAAGGAGUGGAAGAUGCCUUUAAUGUCACAACAGACAAAACCAAUACGCUAUUGAAAAAAACCCGAUACAAAGGUGUGCCUCAGGCAGCUGUAAUACGGAAACCCAUCCCUGGUCAGCCCAAGAAUGAAGAAUCUGCUGCUCACAAUGAAGCUUUUCCUAUACUUUACCCAGACACCAUGCCAACCAAAGACUUCAAAAGUCUCUCAUCUUCUCAAACCCAAACAACUACCAAACAAAGUUCUUCACUGCCAACACAACCACACCACACUAUUAAAUACAGAUCACUGGUGGAUCUGCAGGACUACAGAUGCUCCAAAGACUCGGCUCCAAAGACACGGCCAAAAGAGAUCGUCAUUAGCAUAUAUUUACCACUUCUAAAAUCAGCAGUAGAUGUUGACCUAAACGUGAUGGACAGAAAGCUGACUUUAGAGUCCCAAAAGCCAGACUACAAGCUGGAGCUACAUUUGUCGUAUCCUGUGGAUGAUAACAAAGGAGUAGCCCAAUUCAACACGACUACAAAACAGCUUACCGUAACGUUACCUGUACAGCCGGCUGAAAACCCUGCUGAGGUUCAUGUUGAGAGCAUUAAGCCUGAACCUGAAGAUAGAGAUGUGUUGAAGAGUUCAGACAAAGCAAAUGAAGAAAUGCUCAAAGAUGAAGCAAGUGAGCUGAACAUCUCAGAUACUAGUUGUGAAGCCCAGCCUCAGAAAAAAGGAAAAGAUGAUGAUAAGCUUUUCUCCUCCGAUGAGAUACAAAAUUGUAAAAUGGACUCUUUGGAAUCCAAAUUAAAUGGUUCACAUUUGGCCAAAGCAGAUGAAACACUGACUUAUCAAAUAAACACCGAGACACACAGAACAUCAGAGAACGUAAUGAAUGUGCCCAAAAAGGGUUUCCUUCUUAAUGCAUGUACUCAAAAGACGUCUUUAGAGUUUCAUGCUAAUAAAGAAGCUGAAAAUAAUCAAGACAAGGAGAACCUUCUCUCAGGUACAAAAUCAAACCAACCUUCUUACAUGGAAUCUUCUGAAACAUGUGAAAAUUGCACACUUGAAAUCCCUGUGGUGGAAUUACAAAUGAAACAGGCUGCAUCGCAAUUAGAAGAAACAUUACAUGAUGUUCAAAAUACUCCUGCCGACCCGUCCAGUUGGGUAACCGGAAGAUCUGAGGUGCAGCCAUCAGCCAUCAGCGAUGGACCAAACCAGCUGAAUUCUCCAUUAGACAAAGACACUAGAAAGACUUCAUGCAGAGCCGAAGAGAUGUUAGCAUCGUCUGAGCAGAAAAGCUCUUCCAAACUCAUUUCAACACGAGUGGCACAGAAUGAGAAAGUGGAUGAUGUUGAUUCUUCCAGACAGAACGAAGCAGAUUUUAGUAUUUCUACCUCUCCUGACAUUCUUAGAGAGAAAAACCCUGAAGAUGGUAGUGAGGUUAUUAUUUCUGACCAUACCACUUCUGCUGCCCUCUGUUUCCAGAACUCUCUAUGGUUUGAGCUUGAAUAACAACAUGAUUCACUUAACGUUCAUUUAUGGCCCAAAUCUUUCCUCAGGAUCUUCUCACCCUGUGUUAUAGUGAUUAAUUCUUCUUCUUCUCGCCGCAGCAGAUCGUCCUGUUAUAGUGAUUCAUUACAGGAUAAUAAAUGGACCUUAAACAGCUUUGGUCACUGGAACAUCAAACUGCUUGAAGAUGGUCUUUUAACCUUUACCUUUAACAUGCUUGUCCAUUAUUUUCUGUCUGACCUUCUCAGAAACCCUGGCUUUCUCCAGGACUUUUCUUUUAAAGAUAAUUAGACAAUGCGUUUGAAACCAGAGUGUAAUCCAGUUAUUUAUAUUUUGUUUUUUUGAGUAAACACAUUUGUCUUUGUUUUAUUAUUUUAAAAUAUUCAGUUAAAUCAAAUGUGAAAAGCAAAAUCAGAUUUGUAGUAAAUAUGGAAUAAACAAUGAUGGACACAAAUAACUGAUAAACAGA